AUGACGCCUACCCCUCCGUCCACGACGUCUUCGAGUGCCGGCGCAUUCUCGCCGGAAGGCCACUUCAGGGUCAUUCGAAAACGAAAUCGCGUACCUCUGUCCUGUGGCCCUUGCAGGCAUAGAAAGCUAAAAUGCAACCGUGCGAAUCCAUGUGAGAACUGCGUCAAGCGAGGCGAUGCCUCUUCCUGUUCGUACGCCCAAGCAAGCACACGCAAGAAGAACUCUCCACAACAAGCGGCCGCGAGCUCUCCGGAUGAUAUGCAAAACCGGAUCGACCGAUUAGAAAGCUUGGUUCUGUCGUUGAUGACCAACGGAUCGCAGUCCGCGGGCCCUGCCGCCGCCAUGGCCGCAAUCUCAGGCAACAGCAGCAGUAUCAGCUCGGCCCAACCGGCGACAGAUCUAGAUGUUGAUGAUGAUGCGCAUGGUGGGCCCGAAGAAAGCGAUACCGAGCAAGUGACGAAAUCAUUUGGUAUCAUGAAAGUCGACAACAACAAUAAGUCGUACUAUGUCAGCGAGGCUCACUGGGCGGCUGUUCUCAGCGAUAUCGCCGAAGUCCGUAAUUACUUCACCACGCAUAAGAAACAAUAUGAGGAGCAAGCGGAAAAGCUGAAAACCACCAUGCCCCCGACCGACGUGUCAGGCUCGGCCCUUCUUUUUGGUACAAAUAAGGCGGCCAGUCGUGAAGAAAUCAUGUCGUCGUUCCCCUCAAAAUACACCACCGACAUCUUAAUCGCUCGUUAUUUCAGUUGUUAUGACCCUGUAACGCACAUCCUUCAUGGUCCUACAUUCCAAUCUCAGUAUAACAAACACUGGGAGGAUCCAUCGGAGACCUGUAUUGUCUGGGUUGGAAUGCUCUUUGCUAUGAUGCGACUUGCUAUGCUGUCGUAUCAUCGGGAAGGGGACGAACCUCCGGAGUUUAGAGGAAAGUCCUUGGAUAUGGCAGGCACCUUUCGAAACUUAAUGGCGCAAUGCCUGACAUUGGCCGAUUACACUAAGCCUUAUCCUUAUUUGAUCGAGUCACUGAUAUUCCAUCUUCAUGGAGACUAUUGCCAGUCGAAGGAAGCCGAUGUAUCCGUCUGGGUGCUUGUGGGUGUGAUCACGAGGUUGGCGAUGCGAAUGGGAUACCAUCGAGACUCCAAAAUGUUCCCCAACAUCACCCCUUUCCAAGGAGAGAUGCGACGACGGGUCUGGGCUUUUGUGCGUCAAGCCGAUCUAUUGUUCUCCUUCCAAGUCGGUCUACCCAGCAUGAUCCGCCCCUUGGACAGCGAUACCGAACUGCCACGCAACUUGUACGACGACGAUUUUGAUGAGGAGUGCAAAGAGCUUCCUCAAUCGCGUCCACCAAAUGAGCCUACUCCGAUCUCGUUUCUCAUUGCCAAAGCACGCCUGGCUUUAGUGUUUGGUCAGGUAGUCGAACAAUCUGCACCGCUCCAAACACACUCCUACGAAAAGGUCAUGGAGGUGGAUGCAGAACUUCGUCGAGCCAGAGACCUGGUUCCCGAGCAUCUUCUUGUUCGCCCCAUUGAGGAAUCUCAAUUAGAUCCCUUGAACAUCGUUAUGUCGCGAUAUACGGUCAUGAGCGUUUACCACAAAGCUCAAAUUGUUCUUCAUCGGCGCUACCUUGUCCGGGCACGUGAAAACCCCCGGUUCACCUAUUCGCGAAGGUCAUGUAUUGACUCGGCAAUGGAACUCCUGCGGUUCCAGUCAAUGCUUUUUGUUGAAGCCAGCCCCACAGGUCGUCUGCAAAGCAGGCAGAACCGCGUCACUGCGCUCUGUUCCACCGACUUCCUGCUCGCUGCAACCAUUGUCUCCCUUGACCUCUACCAUGGGCACCAGCUUCAAGCGGGGGGGCGAGCUUCGGGUGAUACCUACGCAUGGGGCAGAGAACGCCGGGAUGAAAUGUUAACCGCGUUGCAGCGGUGCAAAGAAAUUUGGGAUGAGCUUAGUGACGAGGCGAUGGAGGCCUGGAAGGCGUCGGGUGCACUCGGAGUCAUGCUUUCUCGGUUAAAUCUGGGAUACACCGAUGGCAAUGCGGCUGCACCGGCAUUUGAAGUGCAGGACGAGAAGCAAAAUGCCGCAAUGACCCUGGGGCUCCUUAGCAGUGGAAUGAGCCCCAUGAACCCGGGACCACCUCCAUUCAACGACGGCGGGCUCAAGAUGGAAACAUCUUUACCAACGCCAGGAGGAUUUGGAACGACUACUGACCUCACCGGGGCCCCUUCGCCUUUCAACUCAAUGUUUGGGCAGAUGCCUGACAUGCAACUCAAUCUAGACUGGAAUGCUUGGGACACUUAUAUUCAAAGCUCGACGAUAGACCUCUCGAACCAAUGGUGGCCAUCAAUGGACAUGCAACAACAGCCACCACCGCAGGCCCAGCAACACGUCCCGAACCCACUAUCUCCCACUCAACUCUCAACGCCCCAAAACCCUCCAGCAGACAGGUCCCGGCCGCUGCCAUCUUUCCCCAAUAUAUUCUCACCGGGGAAUCCCGGGUUCGAUAACAAUAACCAGAACCCAACCGGUGUAUAA